CUGUGUUUGCCUGAUUCAGAUAUUAUAUACUCUUGACCACCUUGUAAUUAGUUCAAUCAAUGCGGUGUGUCAUACUCUCAGCACCGCCAAUUGUGACCUCAAGGCUAAGCAACACACCGUUAUCCAAUUUGGGCCUCAGAACAGCUGAUACGGAAGUCUCAAGUCCUGUGGCCCAAUCACAACUCCCCAUUUCCUGCGGUGAAGAGCAUAUUCGGGCUGUGCAAUUAUAAUACUUCUCCUUCGCUAUAAGUUGCUUUGCUACCCAAAUGUUAGUUGAGACAUCAUCGGGGUCGAUUUCUUCUUAAGCAUUUGGAGGCCAAUGUUCAGGCCCGCGAUCACGAUGGGGAGUCAACCACCGAAGUUCAAUCCGGCUCUCCUGAUAGUCGACUUUCAAGAGGACUUCUGCCCGCCGAAUGGCUCCCUCGCGGUCAAAGGGGGGCGAGAUAUCGCCCCGGUUCUUAACAGAUUAUUGGAUCUCCCCUUCACAUUGAAGAUCGCUACGAAGGACUGGCAUCCUAAAAACCACGUCUCAUUUGCAUCAAAUCACCCCCAUCCAAACAACAAGCCGUUUGAAUCCUUCUUUACCAUCACAAACCCCCUCAAUCCCGCCGAGUCGGCAGCGACGAGGUUAUGGCCCGACCACUGUGUCCAAAGGACCCCCGGUGCCGAACUAGCCCCAGAACUUGACCAAACCAAACUCGACGAGAUCAUUGAGAAGGGUCAAGACGAACGUGUCGAGAUGUACUCCGUCUUCGCCGAUCUAUUCGUCAACCCGACCGUUUACCGCAGCGGGAUCUCGAAGAUGCUGAAAGAGAAAGAGAUCACGCACGUCUAUGUGGCGGGUCUAGCGAUGGACUACUGCGUCAAGUACUCCGCCCUGCACGCGGCGAAAGAAGGGUUUGGAACGGUGGUCAUUGCCGACGCAACGAAGGCGGUUGAUCCGCAUCUGUGGGAUCAGGUGAAGGCGGAGAUGGAGCAGGCAGGGGUUAUCGAGGUCGGUGGGAGGGGGUCCGUCCCGCGCGGGUGGUUGUGAAGGGGGUUCGGGGCGGGUGGACGAGGUUGGUUCGAGGUAUCGGUGGCUAUAGGAAAACGAUCGGAUCAUAGGUAUAGAGCUCGAGGGGUUUAUGGAGCGGGGAGACUUGGAGAUGUGUCGGAGUGCGGAACGAGCGAGUCGUAAUGGUGGUUGUGACAUGCUGAGAAACGAAGGAAAUUGUAGAGGCUAGACUCAGCAACACCGGUGCAAUUGAAUUAUAGAAUGCUGAACUUUUAUUUAACACGUCGAAAAUGUAACAAAGUCUUUAUAAUCGCUCAGAUAGACUGGUUAUCAACAAAAC